GCGCGGCGGCCAUUUUGUCUUAUCGGCUCCUCUUUAGAGGAGGCUUUUCGGCCUGCGAGCAGGCCGAAGGGAUUGGCGACUGUGUCGCCGGCGUUUUCUUUAGCGGGUGCCAGGGCUGGUGGGAGCAGCCGCCCGAGAAAAGCACCAUGAUUUCGGCCGCGCAGUUGUUGGAUGAGUUAAUGGGCCGGGACCGAAACCUCGCCCCGGACGAGAAGCGCAGCAACGUGCGGUGGGACCACGAGAGCGUUUGUAAAUAUUAUCUCUGUGGUUUUUGUCCCGCGGAAUUGUUCACAAACACUCGUUCUGAUCUUGGUCCAUGUGAGAAAAUUCAUGAUGAAAAUCUUCGGAAACAGUAUGAGAAGAGUUCUCGUUUUAUGAAAGUUGGCUAUGAGAGAGAUUUUUUGCGAUACCUGCAGAGCUUACUUGCAGAAGUAGAACGUAGAAUUAGACGAGGCCAUGCUCGUUUGGCAUUAUCUCAAAACCAGCAGUCUUCUGGGGCAGCUGGUCCAACAGGCAAAAAUGAAGAAAAAAUUCAGGUUCUAACAGAUAAAAUUGAUGUACUCCUGCAGCAGAUUGAAGAAUUAGGAUCUGAAGGAAAAGUAGAAGAAGCCCAGGGAAUGAUGAAAUUAGUUGAACAGUUAAAAGAAGAGAGAGAGUUGCUUAGAUCCACGACCUCGACGAUUGAAAGUUUUGCUGCCCAAGAAAAACAAAUGGAAGUUUGUGAAGUGUGUGGAGCCUUUUUGAUAGUCGGAGAUGCCCAGUCCCGGGUAGAUGACCAUUUGAUGGGAAAGCAGCACAUGGGAUAUGCCAAAAUUAAAGCUACUGUUGAAGAAUUAAAAGAAAAGUUAAGAAAAAGAACUGAAGAACCUGAUCGUGAUGAGCGUUUAAAAAAGGAGAAGCAAGAACGGGAAGAAAGAGAAAAAGAACGGGAAAGAGAAAGAGAGGAAAGAGAAAGGAAAAGACGGAGAGAAGAGGAAGAAAGAGAGAAAGAAAGGGCUAGAGACAGAGAAAGAAGAAAACGAAGUCGUUCAAGAAGUCGGCAUUCAAGCCGAACCUCAGACCGAAGAUGCAGCAGGUCUCGGGACCACAAAAGAUCACGAAGUAGAGAAAGAAGGCGAAGCAGAAGCAGAGAUCGACGAAGAAGCAGAAGCCAUGAUCGAUCAGAAAGAAAACAUAGAUCUCGUAGUCGGGAUCGAAGAAGAUCAAAAAGCCGGGAUCGAAAGUCCUAUAAGCACAGGAGCAAAAGUCGGGACAGAGAACAAGAUAGAAAAUCCAAGGAGAAAGAAAAGAGGGGAUCUGAUGAUAAAAAAAGUAGUGUGAAGUCCAGUAGUCGAGAAAAACAGAGUGAAGACACAAACACUGAAUCAAAGGAAAGUGAUACUAAGAAUGAGGUCAAUGGGACCAGUGAAGACAUUAAAUCUGAAGUGCAGCGUAAGUAUGCACAGACGAAGACGGAGCUAAGCCGAGUAAGAAGACAUACAAAAGCAUCUUCUGAAGGAAAAGACAGUGUAGUCCUGCAAAACAUUUUGAGGUACAUUGUUUUGUCUCAGCUAUUUUGUAGCAGACUCGUGCCCCCAUUAGUGUGCCUCUUUGGAAAUUACUGCCCACGUUUGUAAUGUAGUCGCCAUUGAAAAGUUAAUUAUCCUUUUUUUUAGGGAUUUUGCUGUCAUUUCUUUUUUUUUUCUUUUUUUUAAUAAAAAGGUUGAACUGUUUUUUUUUUCUUUUUGGUAUUAAGUCCAUCUUGUGUUGGUACAUUGGCAGAGACAUAUGCUUUAACAACUUAAAUAUUUCUGAGGCACAUGUUGGACUACUUUGUUUUAAUUAAACUGCUAGUAUUUCUUUGUCAAGGAUGUUUCUAGUUUUUUGCUUUAUUGCCUUGCAUUCUAAUGCAGUUUGUUCUGUAACUCGAGAGCCAGUAGCAUUGGAUUGAUGGAAGUGUAGGGUUUAUGAAUUAUUGCAGCUGACUACCAUACCUCACACAGCGUUGGUGUUGUGAGCGGCCCAUGAAAAGCCAAAUUAAAAAUCAAGGAUUCAGUCAAACUAAGCAGGUACUCAUGCCAGGUACUCCUUUCUCUACCCACAUCCAUGUUUGAAUGCUAUUGCCUGUGAUCUUUACGCUUAACUGUUGUGUAUCUUUUUUGUUCUUUACAAGACGCACAGAGGGGUUUUUUGUGUAUUGCGUGAAAACUUAUAAAUCAAAUGUUAACAGAAUGGAAUUUUUUUUCAACUGUAUGUAGGGAUGCAGUGGUGCCCAGAAUUAGAUAUCUUUAAAGAAUUUUAAAUACAAUAAACACUUCACAUUAUUCGCCUUGUUACACUCAAUGCAAUUCUCAAGUCUUUAAGAGGUAUGUGUUUAAUAUUUCCUACGGUGUAGGAGAAUCUGCAGGCAGCCAUAGAUCCCUAGGAAUAGUCACUGGCUGAGACGUUUCAAGCAGCAGUGGAUGGCAGAGGCAGACACCUUCAAUCUGUGAAAUACAAAGAGUUGAUGAAUCAUGUAGAAUGAAUUUGGGUUUUUAAAGAACUAUUAAAAGUUAGGUUUUAUGAGUUCUGAAAACCUAUAAACUAUUCAUUCUUUGGGCUAGUGGCUUGGGAUAAAAGAUUUCUACGGAAAGGGAGUACCAAGUAGUUGGUUUGUCAAUGGCUUUCUUCUUCUAGGACAGCAGUGUAGUGUUACGUGUGUGAGCCAUUCACGCAUAGGCCAGCACACGCGGGCACAGGGCUUUAAGACCACGCUGAUGCCUUGAUAACUUACAAAGAAUACAGACGUUCCGUGUCCAUAUGUUAAGUAGCAGUUAGUGACUGGGCCAACACUUAGUCAUAAAAAUUUGCCUUUUACAUGUUGUCUAAUUAUCCUUUUUCCCCAACUUUUGCAUUGUAGGACAACUGUUCGAAGAUUUCUGGAAGAAACCUGAAAACGGCAUAACAUGAAGAUCGACAUUAAAAUGAGGUGAAAGAAAACUAUAGUGGCAUAGAAAAGUAGAAAGCUCAGUUAGUUGUUCUGUUUUGUUUUGUUUUUUUAUUAAAAAUUAAUUCAGGACUGACGUGACCUACCAGAUUUCAGAACACGUGUUAAUAGCAUAUAUAUGCCACUGAAAACUUAGGUCCUGUAUCAUAUUGUUUUCUUUAAGACUUUUUAAGAAAUAUUACCUAAACAUGUGGCUUGCUCAGUGUUUAAUUGCGAGUUUUCAUUCUUGGACUUUGAAAACAGGAUUAAACGUUAGUAUUUGUGUGAAUCAGAUUAAGUGGGAUUCCAUUUUUACAACUCUGCUCUAUCUAGCCUUUGGAUUUAGAAGUGAAAAUAAAGUAUCUCUGACUUUCUGUUACAAAUUUGAUUGUCUCUGUCAUUGAAAAGUUUUAGUAUUAAUCUUUUCUAAUAAAGCUAUUGACUCUGAA